AUGGAUUUGCGCACGAUCAUGAACAGCGACGCCGGCGCCUCCAAUCCUCCACCCCCCAACAACUCGUCCAGCUCACCCAUAUCCGCCCAAGCCCCCCAGAAGCGCACAAAGAAAUCACCUUCUUACUCAGAAUAUUCUGCCCACCCGCCCCAACACCCAUUGCAACCAUCGUACGCUUCCCCAGACCAGACUUCGCCUUACACAACCGCGCAGUCACCAUAUCAGCAAUACCACGGGCCAGGGAUAAACACAGCAGUGCAGGCUCAGCGCGGUCAAAGUCCCACACACAUCUCGACACCCUACGGUUCUGCAACGCGUGAUCAAUUUGGCGCGUCGGGAUACGGAACACACCCUCAACACCCCAGUGGCCCGUUAGCCUCACCUUAUACACCACAGCCCUUGAGCGCAGGGCCACAGCAGCCGGACCAGCAGUCAUAUUUUGCCCAACAACGCUCUCAGUCGCUGCAAUCGGUUGUCACCAACCCCCGGCCCCCAACCGACCCCUUCCAUCCUAGAGACAGCCCGCCCGCUGCAUCAGAAUCUGUCUCAUCGCAGCGCUUUUCACCUUCUGCCCAUCGAUCCGUUCCCGGCACUCCUCUCGGUCCUCCUCCUACCUUUGCCUCCCGCCAGUCGCCAUCGACUGCGCGCCCGCCAUCCUCCGGUCACGGCUCCUCGCGCAACCCCCUAUCCAGUCCGCGAGCAGCGCACGAAUUGCAAGCACGAGACCCCAUUCAAACGCAGUCACCUGGGAAUCAAAGACACUUAUCAGUGCACAGCUCUCGCCCGUCUGAGCCGACACCUCAUCCUCCUUCACUCGGGUUCAAGCGAGAGCCAAUUGAGAGCGCUAGUCCUCAAUCCAGCUCCCGUCCCAACAGUAUUGUUGGCAUUUCAGAACCAGCAGCAAGUGGUCCAGCGCGCUCAUCUGAAGAUAGAAAGCUGGUCGAUAGUCCCACAGCACCGAAGCCCAUUUCAGCCGGAUCGGAUUUAUUUACCUCCCCUACUGCACCGGGCAGCCAGGUCAAUAGUUCACCCUCAGGUCCUAGCGAAGGUGUGCAUCCUUUGAAGAUGGAAAUCGACAACCCGCCUCACGUGGAGUCUCAACAGCCCAGUCAAAAGAGAAGGAGAUAUAAUGAGCCUCCAAUCUAUGCUCAGAGAUCGGCUCGCACCAGAGGCAAAUGUCCGCUCAUUCCUAAUCCCCGCCCUCCAAUUCCGAAGCAUGCCCGUCAAACACAACAAGAGUCUUGGGCAGCUCGCAGACGUUCCUCCUCAACAAUGGCCGCCACACCUUCUGCGCGGGUCACCCGAGCGCCAACCGUGGCUUCACCGAGUACAAACGGGCCAACGCCUGUGCAGCCCCCGCCAUCAAGUACCUCGCAGUCAGCAGGUUCACUGGGACCUUGGGAGCCAUCUAUCACUGGUUUCAUCCCACACGAGGAAGUCACAAAGACGCUUUGCGAUUUCUUGUUCAAACAUGUGGUGUUGAGAACCGAUGUAAAUGCAGGACCCGCAGGCUCGGCAGCUGCUGGCCAAGGCGCAAUCAUUGAGGUUGAGGCGAAACUGGGUCAUAUCAUCGACAUGGACAGUAGAGACAGGAUCAACCUUCCCAUUCUAACCGAGAGUGUGAUCAACCGGGAGAGCGCACGGUUCCGGACAUCGUUUGAGAGUACAAUGACUGUCGAACAACACCGCGCGAUGAACAACUUCCUCAACGAGACUGUCAAAGCAGAGCGUGAUACCUUUCAUGAGGUUCAAGCAUCUGAUCUACCCCCAAUCAUCCGUCAAAAUUUGAACCCUCGGCACAAGCCCAAAGUCCGGGUUACCACCGACCAACGCACAGGGGAAGUCCUCGCCAAAAUUGUCAAAUGUCGAGUUGCCGACAUAGAUGUGUGCAGUCCACGCACCACAGUGGAUUGGCGUGUCAGUGUCAACCUCGAAAUGGAAUACCCCGGCGACGUUAGCACCCUCCCACUGGCGGAUGCAGCAGGACGAGGCGAGCGCAUCAAAGACCGAAUGAGCUACAGCCAUUUGGCAUAUCAGGUGGACCUGACUCAGGUAGCCAAACCCGAGCAACAACCGGGCAAGAAUGAGUUCGAGCAUGAGCUCGAGGUUGAAGUCUCUGCCGCUGAAAUCCGUCGCCAGGGUCAACUUGCCAUGGCAGGCGAUCCAAAGAACCAGUAUGAGGACCUUGUCAAGGGCUUUGUGGACAACAUCCGCCUGUUGGCUCGAGCUGUGCCACCUUGA